CUCGAUAUCAGAGAGCGGGGACAAGCAGGAGGAGGGACAGCUGAGACAGUACCACGUGGAGCAGCGGUUUGCCGACCGCCGGUACAAAGUGACCAGCGCCAGAACAUACUUUUACUUGAACGAGGCGUCCUGCGAGAAGAACAUGGAGGCGUUCUUGAAGAGUAUCGACGCUGUCGCUGGUGUUACCAAAAGCACAGGCCUAAUGGCCGUUAAACUGACCGCUCUCGGCAGACCUCAGUUGUUGCUCCAAUUAUCAGAGGUAAUUAUGCGGGCUCGGAACUACAUGCAGCAGAUCGGUGGUGGCACCGGCAACGUGCUCACCCAUCACAAGACCAUCGAGGACUUCCAGAGGUACUUCGGGAAUCACAGCACCAAGCCCGAGGUGCAGGAGUUCAUGAAGAAGAUCACCUCGGAUAAGGAAGGAAUCGUGCACCUGUUCCCCUGGUCGAACAUUCUCGACAAGGAUAUGGGUUUGUCCGACUCGUUCCGAGUGCCGGACCCCAAGACUGGGCAAAUGAGGCGUCUCAUCUCCCAAAUAUCCCCCAAGGAGGAGGAGAUGUUCAGAAACAUGCUCCGACGUUUGAACCACAUCAUCCAAGCGGCCAACGAAGUAGAUGUGAGGAUCAUGAUUGAUGCUGAGCAGACUUACUUCCAACCUGCCAUAUCCAGGAUCUGUUUGGAAAUGAUGAGGAGGUAUAACAAAGAUAAGUUCCUAGUAUUCAACACUUACCAGACCUACCUGAAGAAUACGUACAACGAGAUCGUCACCGAUUUAGAGCAGGCCCAGCGGCAGAACUUCUACUGGGGAGCGAAGCUGGUGCGCGGCGCGUAUAUAGAACAGGAACGCGCUAGGGCAGCUGCGAUGGGCUACGAAGACCCAUCCUGCGAGAAUAUUGAAGCCACUACAACAUCCUUCCACAAAUGUCUAAAGGAGAUUCUGAGCAGGAUGUCAAGGAAAUCUACUAGUCAAUUAAGUGACGAAGAGAAACGCAAGGCAGAGCAGAAAGGUCGGUUAGGCAUCAUGGUGGCCUCCCACAACGAGGAUACGGUCAGAUAUGCCAUUCAAUUGAUGAAGGAGCACAAUAUAAAGCCUGAUGAUAAGGUGGUCUGCUUCGGACAGCUGCUCGGCAUGUGCGAUCACAUCACCUUCCCAUUAGGUCAAGCAGGCUACUCGGCUUACAAGUACGUGCCAUAUGGGCCCGUGUUGGAAGUCUUGCCGUACUUAUCGCGGCGUGCCAACGAGAACCGCGGCUUCCUUGUCAAAAUCAAGAAAGAGAAGGGACUCAUCCUCAAGGAAAUAUUCCGUCGUAUCUUCACCGGUCAGGUCUUCUACAAACCUGAAGGCAAAUACACGCCCGUGUAAAUCUUAGCCUUCAAUCAUUGCGUUAUAGUCUAAUUUGCGUUGUACGGUUCACACGCUUGUAGCGUGACAAAUUGAGUCCAGUGAAUAUUGCGAUUUCAAAAUUGAACUUGUAACUAAUUGUUUAGGAUUCGUUUUCGAGUGCAGUGUCCCUGGACGACGACCUAAUCCCAUAGUAUGAAUGGACAGUGUGAGAUAUGGCUAAAUUUAAGUGUAUAAAUUGAUUUAGUGCUUGAUUCAGUAUUUUAUUUAUUAACGAAUUUAAUUUAUCAACGCUUACAUCAGUAGGGUUACGUAGUACGCUGUUAUAAACAAUUAUUAUGUGUUGAAUAGUCAUUGAGUUUUUACGUCCUUGUAACUAUAAUUAUAGUAAUUCCGAUAAUUGUAUUGCAGGGUUGUAUUCAAAAUGUAGGUACCGCCAUAUUUAUUUUAAUGUUUAAUUAUUUAUUUGUUUAGAAAUAUGUUUGUAAUGACCGCAAAUCAAAACAACCUUUCAAUAUCUGUCAACACACAUAUGUGACAUUUGUCAAUAUGACAAACUUCAUUUCAACAGUUUAGCUCCGCUCCAUACUUGUUGAACAGACUUUUGAAAGUCGUCUGACAAUCUCAUGUCGAUUAGGUUAUUAUUUAUUAUUUUCAAUAUCUGAGCAGAGGUUAUGGAAAGCAGACACUUUCAAGCGAGUUUAUUGCUGACUUUGAAAGUGUUUAAGUGGAAAUCAAAUAAGAAUAUAUUUUUUAGACACGAGCGAUAUAAGCUAUGUUACUGGAAUGUAAAUGAUCUAACGUAUCUGCGAAAUAAAUAUUCGAUAAUGCUAAAAAAAGAUAAAUAGCAUCUUCUUUUUAUCAUCUAUUCGACAUGAUUUCAAUUUGAAUUUGUCAAAAGUUAACCUGCUGCUAAUAGCAUACUCGAAUCGUGAGCAAGUGUCCACUGGUCUUUAGGGACUCUCUGACAGAUCUAAGAAGAUAUAAUAUGUAAAACAGAUAAAAAAGAUAAGUUUGUCAUUAUGACAAAUGUCGCCCUUCGUGCGUGUAUGCACUCAUUCUCAUUUUGCUUUUAGGUAAAAAUAUAUAAUUACACGGAAAUUUGGUUUUAGUAAUACCAUCCUAGGAUGACUGGCGGAAUUUUCAACUUCUGUUCAGACAAUAAUAUGUCGGAUUCUGUAGUAUUGUUAUUAGAAUAUGAUAUUAGGAGGUUUAAAUUUUCAGUAGUGUAUUGGGAUCGGUAUUUUAUUGUGUGAAUAGAUUAAUGAUUGUGAAUUAAUGAAUUCAAACACGCGCCGGUCGCACUGACUCGUUUCUUAUUUAAUUUUCAUUACGCAAAAUAUUGAACGUUGCGAUUUGAGAAAUAAAUGAUUACUUAUAAAUGUUGUGAAUGGUUAAUUUAUGAUUAUUGUAGCUAUGUAGCUAAAAUAUCAUUAAUGAAACUGUCAAUUUAACUUAUAAUGAUUUACGCAUUGCAUGUUAUUUAGGUUUUGACAAUAAAUUAAUCAAUUACUACAUUUUAAUAGUGAACAAUAUAAUUAUUUAAAAUUUCGAUCAAACGAAUGUCAAUGAAUCAAAGAGCUAAUAAAUUCCAAUGAAUUAUCAUUAUUUAAGAGAGACGAUAAAAAUAAUUUCAUUAGCGCUACAAUGCUAAUAAAACAUUCAUUGUUAUCAUCUCGGUUAUCAAUCAGUUUGCUGACAUUCGUAAAAUAUUAUUGGAAUGUUGAAAAACAGAAUCAUUCGUACAAACAAAUAUUUUCACAGUUUGCUGAUAUGAUACUUCUACGUCUUUUUUAAAUAUAUUCAAAAUUUGUCAAAUAUUUUGUUAAUUAAAUUCAUAAAAUGAAUUUUAUAACAUACUUCCAUGAAGUGGAAAUGGUUGAAUAUUUAUAAACUACUUAUAGAAGCAAAGAAGAAAGAGAAUAAGAAUUACUUUACCACACUGAAAUAGUGUCUUGGUAAAUGAUUUCUCUUUAUUUUACUUAAAACUUUUAUAUGAUGCUGAAAAAAUAAAAUAAUUAGGAUGAAUCUCACUCAAGCGUAAUCAACCGCUUUGUAAUCUCUUGUAUUUUGUACGAAGACGCU